AUGGCAGGACCGCAAUUACGAUCACGAGCAAUUAAUAAUAAAAAAGCUAAAAAUCAAACACAACAGGCUAAAUUAGCGGCUAGUUCAACUGCUGGUGAUGUCAAUGCCAUCAAAGCUGCUGAAGCUGUAAGAAACGAGCAGAAUACUUUUUCAUUAUCUCUUUUAACUGCCUUUCGUGUUUUGCUCAUUGUACGCUGUUUUUCCGCAUUAUAUCGUAUUUUAGACGAUUGUGAUGAAGUAUACAACUAUUGGGAACCAACUCAUUAUUUAUUACAAGGCUACGGUAGAGAAACUUGGGAAUAUUCAACUGCUUAUAAAAUCAGAAGUUGGGCUUUUAUUUUUGUAAAUGCCUUAGUUGGUCUCGUUACAAAGAUUAUUGCAUCUACAAAGCUUCAAACUUUUUAUUUAAUUCGUUUAUUCUUUGCUGGUGUAUGUUCUUUUGUAGAAGCUAAAUUUUAUCGUACAAUUACCGAAGAGAUUAAUGUCCAUGUAGGUCAUUAUGUAUUUGCUAUUUUAUUUUUCUCUGUUGGCAUGUUUAAUGCCUCUACAGCCUAUUUACCUUCGACAUUUGCUAUGUAUUGUGUAUUUAUGGCAUUUUCUUAUGCAUUAAAACCUGUAUCUGAUGUUGAUGCUACACGUACAUAUAAGGUUGUAUUUUGGAUUGGUUUAGGCGCUCUAGGAGGUUGGCCAUUUGCUGCUUUAAUAGGUAUUCCAUUUGUUAUUGAAGAAGUCCUUGUGUUUGGUCGUGAUAGUAUGGUACAAGAAGAUGGCACUGUUGUUCGUUCUCUUCCUACUGGUCAUUGGCGUUUAAGACGUAUUAUUCGUAUACUUGAAGCUGCUAUUAUUUGUGGUGCUGGUUUGACCUUUAUUCUUGUAUUAAUGGAUCAAAUGAUAUAUCGUCAAUAUACAGUAGUUGCUUGGAAUAUCAUCAAAUAUAAUAUCUUUGGUUCUGAGGGUCGUGGUCCUGAUCUUUAUGGAACCGAACCUUGGUAUCAUUAUAUUGUGAAUGGUCUUUUGAACUUCAAUAUUGUAUUUAUUUUGGCCAUUGGUUCUGCAGUUUGCGUUCUUAUUACUGCUUAUAUUGAUCGUAAUCGUAUUCCUGGUUCUACUAAAUUAGAUGCUAUCUGGCCAUAUGUUGUUUUAGGUUUGAAGCUCGUUCCCUUUUAUCUUUGGUUUAUUGUCUUUUCUCUUCAAGCACAUAAGGAAGAACGUUUCAUGUAUGUUGCUUAUCCUUUACUUGCAUUAAAUGCUGCUAUUUCCAUCUAUUUGAUUCGUAGCUGGGUUUACCGUGCAGCAACCGCCUUGACCAGCAAUAUCCAUAUUCGUAUCAAUGCAUUGCGUUAUAGCUCAAUCGUUAUCUUGGUUAUCUAUGGCCUCAUCUCUAUUUCUCGUGUUUUGGCUCUCUUGACACGUUAUCGUGCCCCAUUUGUCGUCUACAGCUCUAUUUGGAAAGAACAAGCUCCUGACCAACUCGUCAAUCGCAACUACAUUCAAGAAGAUUUUAUGAAUAAUGUAGACCUUAAAUUGAAAAACGUAUGUGUUGGUAAGGAGUGGUAUCGUUUCCCUUCACAAUUUUUCUUGCCCAGUGACACACGUAUUCAAUUCUUGAAGAGUAACUUUGAUGGACAAUUACCUAAGGAAUUUGAAGAAGAUAUUAGAGUUGGUAUUUAUGAAAUGGAAGGACAAGAGCAUUAUUAUAGACGUCGUGUCUUUGGUUGGUAUGGUGCUCGUACUGCUCCCGAAGGCUUUAAUGAUCUGAAUAAGGAAGAUCCUAGUGUUUAUGUUAAAGAAGAGGAUUGUGAUUAUCUUGUAGAUGUUGAUUUCCCUCUUCGAUCUGUCUCAGAACUUGAGCCUCGUUAUGUAAGAGAUGAUAAACAUUGGGAAACUAUGUAUUGUUAUAGUUUCAUUGAUGCUGAGAAUUCAAAUCGAUUAUUAAGAGCCUUCUGGUUACCUGGUAAUCCUGGUGUAGCAUGGGGAGACUAUUGUAUGUUGAAGCGUAAAAACUUAGAUUAA